AAAUAAUUCAUCGCACGACAGGUCACGAAAGGUUUGUCGAGCCCUGUUUGUAGCCCGCCCGGAGCCCGGAGCUGUGACCGACGAGGCGAGGGGGAGAAUGAUGAUGCUGGCGCGGCCGGGCGUCGUCCGUCGUCGUCGUUCGCGGCGGAACUUCUCUCGCAUCCGUCCGCGUGCCCGAGCAUCGUCUGUCCGGCUAACCGGCCGAUUCGGGAGGCGCGCGGGUGGGGCAGGGCGCGGGAGCGGGCGCGGGUGAGGACGACGAAGAAAGAAAAGCCGGGCGCGGGGUCGGGCAGUGGUCAAGUUGUUGUUGAUGAUGUUGAUGCAGUUCUCGUCGUUGCCUCGCCGAUUCUUCACGCCCGCAGGUCGAUCGUCAGGAGGUCGCGCAGUGGCGGAAAUCACAUCCCAAUUCCGAUGCUCCUCAGCGGUGGCUUAGAGCCAAGUGUGACUAGUUCGAUGCGCUUAGCGUAGAAGUGCGACGAGCUCUACGGGGUCUGACGUGAGGAUUGUUGCGAUUCUCGUGUGAAUGAGCGGUCGAGGAGGUCUCUUCGUCCCGGGGCGAUUUGGGGGAGAGUUGCGGGUCGAUUGAUUGGUCGAUCGUUCGCAGUUGCGGCGGCGGCGGCAGCAGCUGAAGGAAGCGCGUCGUGAGGAGAAGAGAGGGCGGAAAAUGGCUUCGGGGAGCUCGAAACAUCACGAGGCUGGGAGGAUUCAAUCGGCAUCGAACGGAGGGAGGGACAAUGGUGGAACUGGGUUCAGUUUGCAGCAAUUGCUGCUCUCGGCUGUCGCGCUGGUGCUCAUUCCGUCCAUUCUUUUCGCGUUUCACAAUUUGAACGCCACGCAGACGGCGUUGCAGUCGCCGUCUGCGAUGAUGUCCAAGCGAUCGGUGGCUCCGGCCACCAUCGCCACCGCCGCCGCGAAACUUCAGUUCGCCGUGCAGCUCAGUCCUACUUAUGAGAAUGUGGACGGCACGGAGUACGUGUGGCAAAUUCCAUCGUUUUCUGAUCCGAGCAAGAAGGUCCGGGGGAUCGUGUUCUUCGCGCACGGGUGCUACGGCCGCUCGACCUUCUUCUGGGACACUCACCCCAAUUGCGAGAACUGUACCGGGAUGCCGGAGGAACGCUUGCUGACGCUCAACAGCUUGUCGAGGGGCUACGCGGUGAUUGCCGUGUCGAGCACAGCUGAAUGCUGGAAAGCUUCAGUUGAUGUGCCGAAGGUCGUCACGGUGCUGAAGAGCUGGACAGCUCGCUACAGGCUGGAGCACCUGCCGGUUGUGGCUCUGGGAGCCUCGUCAGGGGGAUACUUCGUCUCGAUUCUCGCCGCGCAGUAUAAAUUCCAGUCGCUGGUGAUACAAAUUUCCUACCUCGGCAAGGUCGAUGGAAUGGUGAUCGAUUCCACAUACCCUCCAACGCUGUUCGUCUACAUGCCGAAGGAUACGAGGCUCGCUCUCCGAAUCAAGGAUUCCAGGAAUCUCCUGCGGAGCAAAGGAGUCGAGACCGACGAGGUUUUGUGCACCGAGCUCAAAGUGACCCCUCACUUUUUCUCUAACAAGAUUCCAGCCAUCAACGACGAUGUUUCCGAGAAACUCGUCGCAGUGUUCAAGGAUUACGGUCUGCUGAACCAUGCUGGAUACAUGAAGCUGGACGGUAGAUCGAGCGGGUGGAUAGGGCCCGUGAGGAAGAGGAACGUCUUACCGUUCGCUAUGCGGAGAAAAUUGGAGCGGCACCUGGAGGAGGAGUUGAAUCUGGCCUACGCGUUCCAUGAAAUGACCAGCGUGCCCGCCGAAGCAAUUUUGGACUGGUUUGACGCUCACAGCCAUACCUCGAGCUUGAUCGAGAGCAGCUGAGUGUACGUGCAGUGAUUGCUCCUCGGACGAGGCCGCACCCGUUUGAACAAUGUGAGCUAAGUUCCUAAACUCACUACAGGUUGUGCUGUUAUAAACUGCAUGUAAAUAUAGAACGUGAAGUUUGAUUGAGAGAGAUCAAGAGGAGGGUGCAUGCAUGCUCGCGCGCUGCGAAGCAUCAGAAGCAUGGAAUUUCUCAUGCUGAGUUACGACCGUAUGAUCACUAUCACAUCGAUAUAGCCUGUUUGUAACUAUACGUCGAAGACAUUAUCUUCAAUCUGUACAUAGAGGAUGUCUGGUCUGAACUGCCCAGCAACAGGUUAUCACGCAUGUCGUAGGGUUUCAUUCAGCUGUUGUCGUUUUAGUUGAAGUUUUGAGUUGACAGUACUACUUCCUUGGGUUUGCACAUUUAGCCUUGCCCUCUUUCAUCGUGCUGGACCUACAUAUGUCAGUGGCUUGGGGCACUUCAAGGCCAUCCGAGGUCGUGUAACUUUUAAUGUUUCCAAAUGAAGGCCGAUCUUUCGCUUGUCUCCAAGUGUGCCAUAGUUGGCAAGAGCCGAGUACAGUUAUGUAAUUUGGUGC